CUCCCAGCGCCCUCCCGCUCUCCCGGCCGCGGUGUCGCCCGCACCGCACCGCCCCGCCGCUGCCUACCGGCGACCAUGGCGCACCGGGGAACCCCAAGCGCCCCGAAGCGUCCUGGCCUCACCGUGCUGGCCCCGAGCUCCCAUGCUCCGCCGCCGCCGCGCUGGCCGCGCUUGUGGCCGCUGCCGCUGCCUCUGCCGCUGCUGCUGCUAGUGCUGGUGGCUGCCUGUGGGGCGGCAGGGCGCUCCCCCCAGUCCGGGAGCCUGGGUUCCAGCGUGCAGGUCACUCGGCUGCGGCACGCGGGACGCCCGAAGUCCGGAAAUCGCGAGGAUCCUCAGACACGAGGAUCCGAGCCCAGCGCUCCGGGUCAGGGUCCUGGUCUUGCUUCGGGUCCCAGCGCAGAUGGCGUCCCAGCUCCGGGCAAGGGGCGCAGGGCGCGGGCGGCGCCGGUGGCCAGUUCUGCCUCGCGCGUACAGGUCUCGCUCAUCAGCACGUCGUUCGUGCUCAAGGGGGACGCGACACACAACCAGGCAAUGGUGCACUGGACAGGAGAGAACAGCAGCGUCAUCUUGAUCCUGACAAAGUACUACCAUGCAGACAUGGGGAAGGUUCUGGAAAGUUCUCUGUGGCGGUCCUCAGAUUUUGGGACAACUUACACCAAGCUUACUCUCCAGCCUGGUGUCACUACUGUCAUUGACAACUUCUAUAUUUGCCCAGCCAACAAGAGAAAGAUCAUCCUGGUGAGCUCGUCCCUUGGUGACCGGGAGCAGAGCCUCUUCCUCAGCACCGAUGAAGGCACCACCUUCCAGAAGUAUCCCGUUCCCUUCCUCGUGGAGACCCUCCUCUUCCACCCAAAGGAGGAGGACAAGGUUCUUGCCUACACCAAGGACAGCAAGCUGUAUGUGUCGUCUGACCUGGGGAAGAAGUGGACACUUCUACAGGAACGGGUGACCAAGGAUCAUGUGUUCUGGGCUGUGUCUGGGGUGGACGCCGACCCCAAUCUGGUCCACAUGGAAGCACAGGACCUCAGUGGAGGCUGUCGGUAUUUAACCUGCCUGGUCCACAACUGCUCCGCUCAGCCCCCCACAGCACCCUUCGCUGGCCCCAUAGACCGUGGCUCCCUGACUGUGCAAGAUGAGUACAUCUUUCUGAAGGCAACAUCAACAAACAGAACUAAAUAUUAUGUCUCCUAUCGCCGCAGCAACUUUGUCCUGAUGAAGCUACCCAAGUAUGCCCUACCCAAGGACCUGCAGAUCAUCAGCACGGAUGAGCAGCAGGUGUUCGUGGCCGUACAGGAGUGGAACCAGGUGGACACCUACAACCUGUACCAGUCAGACCUGCGCGGAGUGCGCUACUCGCUGGUGCUGGAGAAUGUGCGGAGCUCGAGGCAGGCCGAGGAGAACGUGAUCAUCGACAUCCUGGAGGUCAGAGGUGUGAAGGGAGUCUUCUUGGCAAACCAGAAAGUGGACGGCAAGGUGACAACACUCAUAACCUAUAACAAGGGCCGUGACUGGGAUUACCUGAGGCCACCCAGCACCGACAUGAAUGGGAAGCCCACCAACUGCCAGCCGCCGGACUGCCACCUGCACCUACACCUGCGCUGGGCAGAUAACCCCUACGUUUCAGGCACGGUGCACACCAAGGACACAGCUCCUGGCCUCAUCAUGGGUGCAGGUAACCUGGGCUCGCAGCUGGUGGAGUAUAAAGAGGAAAUGUACAUCACAUCUGACUGUGGGCACACCUGGCGGCAGGUCUUCGAGGAAGAACACCAUGUCCUCUACCUGGACCACGGCGGUGUCAUUGCUGCCAUCAAGGACACAUCCAUCCCCCUGAAGAUCCUCAAGUUCAGCGUGGAUGAGGGCCACACCUGGAGCACACACAACUUCACCAGCACCUCCGUGUUCGUGGAUGGACUUCUGAGUGAGCCAGGGGACGAGACGCUGGUCAUGACGGUCUUUGGUCACAUCAGCUUCCGCUCUGACUGGGAGCUGGUCAAGGUGGACUUUCGGCCCUCCUUCCCCCGACAGUGUGGCGAGGAUGACUACAGCUCCUGGGACCUCACUGACCUCCAGGGUGAUCACUGCAUCAUGGGCCAGCAGAGAAGUUACCGGAAAAGAAAGCCCACGUCCUGGUGUGUCAAGGGGAGGAGCUUCACAUCGGCACUCACAUCACGUGUGUGCAAGUGCCGGGACUCUGACUUCCUCUGUGACUACGGGUUUGAGCGCUCAUCUUCCUCUGAGUCCACUGCCAACAAGUGCUCCGCUAACUUCUGGUUCAACCCCUUGUCCCCUCCUGAAGAUUGUGUCCUGGGCCAGACCUACACCAGUAGUCUUGGGUACCGGAAGGUGGUGUCCAACGUGUGCGAAGGUGGUGUGGACCUGCAGCAGAGCCCGGUGCAGCUGCAGUGCCCCCUGACAGCACCCCGGGGCCUGCAGGUGAGCAUCCGUGGAGAUGCAGUGUCUGUGCGGCCUAGAGAAGAUGUGCUGUUUGUGGUGCGGCAGGAACAGGGUGAUGUCCUGACCACUAAGUAUCAAGUGGAUCUUGGGGAUGGCUUCAAGGCCAUGUAUGUGAACCUCACUCUGACAGGCGAGCCCAUCCGGCACCACUACGAGAAUCCUGGCGUCUACCGUGUGUCUGUCAGGGCUGAGAACAUGGCGGGCCAUGACGAGGCUGUGCUCUUUGUCCAGGUCAACUCCCCCCUGCAGGCCCUCUACCUCGAGGUAGUCCCUGUCAUUGGCAUCAACCAGGAGGUGAACCUCACAGCUGUGCUGCUGCCCAUGAACCCCAACCUCACUGUCUUCUACUGGUGGAUUGGCCACAGCUUGCAGCCUCUGCUUUCCCUGGACAACUCUGUGACAACGCGGUUUACAGAUGCUGGGGACGUGCGUGUGACGGUGCAGGCUGCCUGUGGGAACUCGGUACUGCAGGACUCCAGGGUCAUCCGUGUCCUGGCUCAGUUCCAGGUGGUGCCUCUGCAGUUCUCCAGGGACCUGGACACCUUUAACCCCAACACUCCUGAGUGGAGGGAGGACGUGGGGCUGGUGGUCACCCGGCUUCUCUCCAAGGAAACCAGUAUCCCUGAGGAGCUGCUGGUGACUGUGGUAAAGCCAGGACUGCCCACCAUAGCGGACCUGUAUGUGCUCCUGCCCCCUCCCAGGCCCACAAGGAAGAGGAGCCUCACAAGUGACAAGAGACUGGCAGCCGUGCAGCAGGCACUGAACUCCCAUAGGAUCAGCUUCAUCCUUCGAGGAGGGCUCCGUAUCCUGGUGGACCUGAGGGACACAGAUGAAGGUCCUCAAAGGCCAAGUGGCAGUGGUGGCUACUGGGCCGUGGUGGUCCUCUUUGUCAUUGGGCUCUUUGCGGUGGGAGCGUUCAUCCUCUACAAGUUCAAAAGCAGGAAACGCCCGGGCAGGACAGUGUACGCCCAGAUGCACAACGAGAAGGAACAGGAGAUGACGAGUCCCGUGAGCCACAGCGAGGAUGCCCAGAGCACCAUGCAGGGCAACCACUCGGGUGUGGUCCUGAGCAUCAACUCUCGUGAGAUGCACAGCUACCUGGUGGGCUGAUGGCACCAGCUGGCCAGGACACUCUCUUCCUGCUUCCUCCACAGAGGGCGCAGCUGGAAUGACGUCCCCCCUGAGACCCGUGGAAAGGCCAUCUCCUCUAGCUGUCCCCACUCAGAGGACAGAUACCUAUCCCUGUCAGCCCCAGCUGGCCCAUGGGGUCCUGGGGCAACCGACUCAUGACCCACCUGGACACAUGCCUGUGGUGCCACACCAAGUCCCCACCCUUGACUCUGAGGCAUCACAGCCCUCAGACCUGAACAUGCUGCCCUGGCCUGGUUUCUCCCAGCCCAUUCCUGGGGUGACCCCGCAGCCACCCCCAACACCAGACUUGCAGACCUGUCAGCCCAGGCCCACAGUCUCUGCAGAGGACCCCAGAGCCAGGAAGUCUACAGGCCAGGCCUGUUCAGCAUCCCCCUCCAGGCGGCCACUCUCCCCACUGCAGGGUUAAUAGCUGCCUCGGUAGAGGGUAGAGCUAUUUGAGUCUGGGGGCUCUUUCUUUUAACUUUCUGUUUUCAAGGCCAGGCAAUAGAAGCCAUCUAAGACCUGUCAGAAUCCCACUCUCAGAAACCCUUAUUUAGGAUGCCCAGGACUGGGUUUAGAGGGGCAAAGAUCCUCUGGUUUUCCCUCAGGGCUAUGGGGCGGGGGUGGGGAGGGGCAAGAAAGGAACGGACCCUUACAUGCAGUUCUUGCUCAGCCUUCCACUGCCUCUAGGUUGAUGACUCUGGCUUCCACCAGGCCUGGGCUCUAGAAGAGUCCACAGGCCCCAGAAAGACACAUGAGCUGCAUGCAUCUGGCUUUGAUGCCUUACGGUUGGAGAGACCCAUGUAGAGCCAAUGAGAAGAGGUGUGGGAGGGCAGUGUCUCCUGGUAAAACGAAGUAGAGGACCCAGAGACUGGUGACAUUUUCAGGGUCGUAGAAAGCAAGCAGCGGAGGUGGCUCCCGGGUCAGCUCUCUGCUCCUACCCUGCAGGGUGCCCACUGCUGUCUGCUCCCACUGCCGGGUCAGGGGCCCAGCACAGGCUGACACUGUGAGCUGGCACAAUUCACCUUUUGCCUUGAAGCUGAAGUCAGUACCCCUUCCCCCUCCCCUCCUCUUCCCUCUUCCCACCUCCAGACUCUUGUUGCCCCAUCAGAACCCAGGCCUAGACCAAGGCCCGGGUGUCUCUACACCUUCUGCUGCUGCUUGGUGCAUCCACCAGCACCCACCAGUUCUCCCUGAACAAGAGAUGUGGCCUAUAUAAGAGGUGAGGCCUACGACAGACCCUCACGCAGGACAGCUCCAGAACUUGGUCUCUGUUAGGGGAUGGGCUGAGUGUCUAAACAUUCAUGUCACAGACAGGACAGUAUAGACCAAGGCAACUUUGUGGGGCACAAAGAUGGUCUUUGGACGGUCCCAAUUGUACCCCAGCAUCCCUCACUUCCUGCCACUCUCUAGGGCUUAGGGGUCUCUCCAGCGGUGACUGUAGGCUGCCCUCCUUGUGAGGGGCUACAGAUGGGAACCUAGUACUAGUGAAGGCAGCGACACUAUAGGAAUUUUGCCCCUCAGACCUUCUUGCUGUUCCAAAAGAAACCCAAGUAGAGCCCUCCCCCCCAUCCAUGUCCCCACGUCCUUGUUUUCCCAGUGUCACACAAAAGAUGCUCAUGCGCCACACAGUCCCCACCACAUCCAAAGUCAGCACAGAACCCCUGGACAUAGUCCCCCACUUUAGCUCACCAGUGCCUGGAGUACCAGCUGUAGGUCUUUGCCUUCAGCGAGCACGCCAUGCCCCUCUCUCGGACACUUGGGUAGGCUUUCCCUAGCUAUUUGGAUUUCAUGUUACUGUUUCUCUUAAGGACAUUUGGAGUGUGUAGACCCAGGAGCCUCCCUGGUUCUCAUCUCCAUAACUGCAGGCCACUAUGUAGGCACGGGGUUCCCCCUGCUCAUUAGCUGAGGUGCCAUGCAUUGUACAGCCAGGGGCAAAAGCACCCACUGGCAGCCCAGAUGCUACCAGCUCAGGGGCUCAUGUCACUCUCCACUGGGCCCUGUGCAUACCUGGCAUGUGGGCAUAGCAGAGGUGAUGAAUUCUUUGUUUUUCCUUUCUAAAAAAAAAAAAGAAAAAAAUCCAAUAAAUCAUUUGUGAUGCUUUUAACAAAGAUUA